GAAAAAGUUAUAAUCUGUAUCUCGGUAUUUUCGUUUUAUUGGAUUUAUUUCUUUGUCGACGUAUAUUAUUCGAUUUUAGUUACUAUUUGCAAAUAAGGAUAAAUCAAGGAUUAUUUUACAUCUAUCCACCCGUUGCUCUAUACCAAACUAUGAAUAGAAGACGUGGACAUGAAGAAGAAGAUGGAUACGAUCGUCUUCAUCGGAAAAGGCGUCGUGUGUCGGAGAACCAAGAAAUUGAAGAUAGAUUAGAGUCUCUAAUUCUAAGAGUUGGGGAAAAAAGUAGUUCAAGCUUAGAAAGUAAUUUAGAAGGCUUAGCUAGUGUUUUAGAAGCUGACUUGAGUACUUUCCGAGUGAAAAUCCUGCGUAUUUUAACAGAAUGCGCUAUACGGAUGCCUGAGAAAUGUACAAUAUAUGCUACUUUGGUUGGUUUACUCAAUGCUAAGAAUUAUAAUUUUGGUGGUGAAUUUGUGGAUUACAUCGUAAAGACUUUUAAAGAAAAUUUAAAGACUGGCAAGUGGAACGCUGCAAGAUACUGUUUACGAUUUAUUUCUGAUUUAGUUAAUUGUCAUGUACUGGCUGCAUCUUCACUACUAACAUUAUUAGAAACAUUGGUUGACUCCGCGAAUGAGGACGGUGUUCCUCAAGUCAGACGCGACUGGUUUGUGUUUGCUGUCUUGUCCACUUUACCUUGGGUUGGUAGAGAAUUAUAUGAAAAGAAAGAAUCUCAAUUAGAUCAUUUAUUAGUGACAAUUGAAGUGUUUCUGAACAAAAGAAGUAAGAAACACUGGCCGGCAUUAAAAGUAUGGUCAGCAGAUUCACCACACUUGCAAGAAGAAUAUUUAGAUUGCCUAUGGGCUCAAAUUAAAAAGUUAAGACAGGACAACUGGUCUGAGAAACACAUUCCUAGACCAUACCUUGCAUUUGAUUCAAUACUUUGUGAAGCUUUGCAACACACACUUCCUAGUAUACAGCCUCCGCCACACAAUGAAGGAGACACAUACCCCAUGCCUCGUGUAAUAUUCAGAAUGUUUGACUACACCGAUUGUCCUGAUGGUCCGGUAUUACCUGGAGCACACUCUAUAGAGAGAUUUCUUAUUGAGGAACAUCUGCAUAACAUUAUUGAAGCGUACCAUUUGGAAAGAAAGGAAUGUGCAGCGCAAUUACUCUGUUUCCCAUACAAAGCGAAGAUUCCUUUAGAAUAUUGUAUAGUAGAGGUUAUGUUUGCGGAGUUGUUUAAUUUACCAGUACCUAGGUAUUUGGAGAUUUGUUAUGGUUCAAUACUCAUUGAGUUAUGUAAGCUGCAACCGUCCACUAUGCCGCAAGUACUAGCUCAGGCUACAGAGAUCUUGUUUAUGAGAAUUGAUACAAUGAAUAUAGCUAGCUUUGACAGAUUUGUGAACUGGUUUGCGUACCACUUAAGUAACUUUCAGUACCGCUGGUCGUGGGAAGAUUGGGAAGGUUGUAUACAAUUAGACCCAGAACAUCCAAAACCUAGAUUUAUAAGAGAAGUUCUUGGAAAGUGUUUAAGGUUAUCAUACCAUCAAAGGGUAAAAGAUAUGACUCCAGAAACAUUAGCACCGUUAGUGCCUUUGAAACCGGAACCAAUCUACAAAUAUUCAAUGGAAGGAGCAGCUACCCUACCCGGUACGGAGGCGGCACAUCGGCUUGUCGUGUGCGUACGUAACAAAUGCACGCCUGAGGAAGCGCUGAACGUACUCCGGGAGUUGCCGAACCCGCUACGUGAUGGCGACGCCGCUCCACAUCCACAUUACAACCCUCUCAAGAUAGACGUGUUCGUGCAGACGCUACUCAACCUCGGCAGCAAGAGCAUCUCGCACAGUUUCGCCGCUAUAUCUAAGUUUCAUUAUGUUUUCAAGGUUAGUGAUCAACUAUUAACAUUUCAUAAAACAGUUUCAUCUAUAGUUCUAUAUUUAAUGAUGUAAAGAGGAAAGAUUUGUGUUGCAUGUAUUGAAAUAAAUCAAAAUCUCUCACCAAUAAAAGUGUAGAUAGUGAUAGAGCCUGCUUUAACAUCUUUGGACUAUAGGGUCGGCUUGCCCGGUGUAAUACCUAAUGUUUUUCUUAGCGACUUCCACCGUGUUCCGUGAUAAAUAAUAUUUAAAGUGCUAAAAAAAAUAACUUCAGGUGGCGAGCUGCAGGAGGCGCGGGAGGCUCUAGCGCGAGCGGACUCCAGCAGUUCGGACUCUGAAGACGAGAGCGGCACCAAGAAGAAGAAGGAUCAAGAUAAACCUACUGAAGAAGCCGUGGAGCGCAUGGAGGAGCGCCUGGAGCUGGCGCACACGGACCAGAAACGGCUGUUCCUGAUCGUGUUCCAGCGCUUCAUCAUGAUCCUGUCGGAGCACCUCGUGCGCUGCGACACGGACGCGCGCGAGCACGACACGCACUGGUACCGCAGCACCGUCGCCCGUCUGAGACAUGUCUUCCUCGUCCAUCACGAGCAAGUGCAGAAGUAUAGCAGCACGCUGGAGACGCUGCUGUUCACGCAGGACCUGGACCCUCACAUCCUGGAUGUGUUCCACCAGUUCGUGGCGCUCACCGCAUAACCCCCAACGCCCUCCAACCCCCAAAAGACUGCAAACCGUACGCAGGAUAUGGAUACUGUGUUUUAUAGUGAAUUGUGACAUUGUGAAUGUUAUUAUAACGGUCAAAUAUUGAAACGAAUCUUAAAUGUUAUAAAGAAGAAAGAUUUAUAUUUUUGUAUGUAUUGAAAUUACUCAAAAAUUGGACAGAUUAAAAAUAUCUUUCAUUGUUAACAAGCUGUAUAAUAUCAUAGGCAUAAAUUUUUUAAUUCAACUCGGAUGAAAUUGCGAAAAAAGUAAGUCAAUACUACGCUUCGUAAGCGACACUUAGAGCGGGCGCACUCAUUUGACUAAAAUAUCGCACAAUAGUUGUGCGAUUGUCGAUUGCUUCGCAGCCAAUUCAACUGUUUAGUUGCACAACUAAAAAUCGAGUAGUGUACGCAUCUCCAUAUAUGUAAGUUCAUAUGAAUCAAAGCGGACUAAAAAGUUGUGCGAUAGUUUAGUGAAAGGUGUGCGCGCUCUUACAAUCUGAUAGACGUCAAAAGUAAGGAAUUAUGCGUGGUCUUAACAAUGUUACAUGUUUAAAUGGCGUUUCAGUAUUCGGCCGUUAGUGUGCUAAUUUAGUUUAUUUAUAAAUGAAAGAUCUUAUCUAAGAUUUCUUCGUAUCAUUUGUAUUGUUAUUCUAAAGUUUCAUAAUAUAAUUAUUCUUCAUAAAAAUGCUAAAACAACUAUGGCAGAAUAUUUUGUGGUAUAAGAUAAAAACAGGCUAUAACUCGUUUAAAAUGUUGCAUGAAAUAAAAAUUUCUGCUUAAAAAGAAAAUCUUUAAUAAAUAAUAUUCCAUAUAAUUCUGCUAUGUUUUGAAUGAUGUGAAUUUGAAAUAGUUAAAUAUUGGUUUUUGUUAGUAUUAAGGUCGAAAACAGGAUAAUAAAUUUGCAUUGUUAUUAGAAUAUAAACUAACUAGAAUGUAUAGAAUUCUAAUGAAAAUAGUGUUUAAAGUGUGAUUAUUUUAAGAUUACUAUUACCACUUAGAUUACAGGCGCAAUUAUAGAUGCAUUGUCUACGUAAUAACGGAGAAAACGCAAAAAAAGAAUAUUUUAUUUUUCUAUGCACUCCUCCGUCAAAUCUACUUCCCCUUUCCACUCUACGAAAAUGAUGGACAGAGAAAGGACUAGAAGUUAUUUAAAGUGUUUCUACAAUGAAAAUGUUGCAGAAAAUAAAAAAAAUGUCACUGUCAUACAAUUGUCAGCAUUUAGGAGGAAAUAAAGAUUACCGACUGUU